GUCACCGAGAUACGGAGAGACAUGGUACGUAGCGAAUUGCCCACGUGGGUUAGCAGAGCUCCCAAGGCCCUCAGCUUGACAGUGCAGGGUAAACUCAGUGCGGAUCAGUGGCGUGCCGCAUGCACCAUUAACAUGACCAUAACCCUUGUACGACUCUGGGGUGGUAAGAAUGGUGUAGCCAAGGCUAUGCUAGAUAAUUUUAUGGAUCUAGUCACUGCCGUCGAGCUUGGUUGUAUGUUCAUCAUCUCCCCUGGCCAUAUUGACCAGUACAAAUUUUAUAUGCUGCGCUAUCUCGAGAACUUCAAGGACCUUUACAAAACCAUACGACUGGUUCCGAGCCAUCACAUUGCUCUCCACCUCGGCAAAUUCUUGUGUUCCUUUGGUCCUGUCCAUGCUUGGAGGGCUUUCGCAUUCAAGCGCUAUAACUAUCUCCUCCAGCGUGAGAACACGAAUGGCAAAUUUGGUACCUCUCUCUCUCUCUCUAAUCUUUAUAUCUCAAACUAA